UUUGAGUACUCCAUCAUGGCCAUGAUAGCCCUCAACACGGUGGUGCUUAUGAUGAAGUUCUAUGAUGCGCCGUAUGAGUACGAGCUGAUGCUGAAGUGCCUGAACAUCGUGUUCACAUCCGUGUUCUCCAUGGAGUGCGUGCUGAAGAUCAUCGCCUUUGGGGUGCUGAACUAUUUCAGAGAUGCCUGGAAUGUCUUCGACUUUGUCACUGUGUUGGGAAGUAUUACUGAUAUUUUAGUAACAGAGAUUGCGGGCCAGCUGCUGCACCCCUGGCCUGCUCAGCUCUGCCUGUGCCUCGCUUCACUCACUCUUCACGUGGGUGCUGGCACGACUUGGGGCAGAAGAAGGCUCGGAAGAGGAGCCAGCGCUCCCGCUAGCCUGCCGGUCUCCUCCCCACCCUCCAGGAGGCCCCUGGCCUGUGGACAACUUUCUGCUGCUCUGCUUGCUGGUCUGGUGAGGCAACCCUGGCCCUCACCCCAUGCGGCUUAUGCCCCUGCGUGCCCUGUGGCUCUGGCUGCUGUGAUAGUCCAUCACAGUUGAGACUCGUCAUAGGGGCGCUGAGGAAUGCCCCGGUGAGCUGCUGGGCUCCAGACAGAUGUGCCCUGUCCUUAUGUGGAGGCAGCUCUGCCCUUCGCAAUGAUCAGCAUCCGGUACCGUGACCAGCGUGCAAGUGGCUCUCUGCCUGCUGGUCUUUGGGCCUGAGGUGGCCAAUGUGACAGGGGCCACCAUGGCUUUUGGUGUUCCGCAGUGGAAGCUCUCCAUACCCCUUGAGCCAGGACCUCUAGAUUCACCAAACCUGAACGUGGGGAAUGGGGAGCGCAGCAUCCACCCUGGGUUGCUGCAGUGAUGGCGAGGGGCCACCCCUUCUUCCUCCGGUUUCCCGGGCAUUGUAUUUUGCCACUUGGCAUCCAGUACUGUCUCAUGGCCAUCUAUUCAUCCUGUAGGAAGAACCCCAUCCCCGUAAGGUAUGUCACCAAGCUGGCAUUUCAUCUAUGCCUUUAUGAGGCUGUUUCAAGCAUUCUGUCAGGUCGCACCUCCCAGCGGUGUGGAGUGUGAUGUGCCAGUGCGUCCUGUAGCUGCCUGCUCCUUGCACCCCGUCCUCUGCUCGCUCCGAGGCAGUGGUAUGUGGGGUCCCGUGUUGAUGAGUCUCGGAUCACACUACAGUCCAGGGUCUGCAUCACCAAAGGCAGACCCACAGCUGGGAUGUGAGUGAGCCCAGGGGGGAGGCAAGUCCCCACCGUUUUCAGGCGAAGGGGUUCCCAUGUAUGUAACCUGCCCCCGAGUGGCUGGUGUUGACAGCUGUAAGCAUGGCUCUCCAAAGAGGCCACGGGGCGAGCUCUGCUUGCAGGAGCUGGGUGCUCACAUGGCCACAGCUGCAUGAGCCUUGGGAAGAGCGAGCCCAGCUACUGGGUCCAGGCACAGCCUCGUCUCGGCCCCCACAGGCUCCAUGCAGGACCUACUGUGUGAACACGGGCUGCGCACCCGGUUUUUAAGUGCCAAGGGUGCCCUCUGGUGGACAUGAAAAGAAUGGCGCUAAUGCAGAGACCUGCACGCGGACCCACUGCCGAGGUCCCUCUGGACGCCCCCUCCCCAAGCUGCGUUCCUACAGAGCCCUGACCCAGCUGGAGCCCAAGCCUAGGGUGCUGUGGUCCUUAUGAUAGGCAGUGUCUCUCUCCACCUGUGUGGCCGAUCAGGCACCGCACCCAGAGCUCUGCCUCGCUGCUGUCUUUCAAGCCAUCCUUGCUUGGGGCUCUAGGAGGCCUGCGCCAAUAUAUGAACCAAACCCUCCAUAAACCAGAUCUGUUUUCCUCCUCAUUUUAGUGAUCAUCCCAUGAUGUACUGGGGUGGGCAGGGAGCUGAGAGGCCUGGGGGACUGACCACCUGUCCUGGGACUGUGCCCUCUGGAGUUCUUAGGUCUGGUCCCAGACGGGGCACUCCCGUUACAGCUGAGCUGUUGGUGGGCCUGAAGCACACCACCUGUGAGGAAAGCUGUGGUGUGUAGAAUACGGAUGUCUCAUGGUCAGUCUCCCCCAGGACCCAGUAGCCAGGAGUGGCCCCUUGCAUUGGUGAUUCCAGUGUCAUUGCGCAGAUGACACGGCCUUGCUCCAGAGCCCUAGGUGGCUGCUCUGACCUUGCUGUGGGGUUUCUAGGGCUCCACGCAGUGCCUCUGCCCACAGAUGCCCCAGCCUGGGAUCUGUGAAUCUCAGGCCCACGUGGCAGGGCCGCUGACCCUGUUGCCCGGCUCUGCUGCAAAGUCCUGUCUUGCUCUGAAACCUCUGAAGCCUAGCAGCUUCGUGCCACGGUAAGUGGGUCGCAGCAGUGUUUCCUAAGUGUGGAAUGCUGUCUCCAAAGCCCAAAGAAGCCUACCAAGAGUAGAAGGUGUGAGGUGAAUGACUAACCUGUUCUUUGACCCGGAGUCCAUGUCCUGGUGUGGCUCACGCCGCUGGUCUGUAGAAGUGGCGCAUUGUGUUUCUGCCUCAAGGACAAGGAAAGCUCAUUGCGAUCCUAAACAAAUUCUUCCAGAGAAUAGAAGAAUAGCGAACAUUCCCUAAUUUUUUGUGUGAGACUAGUACAGUCCCGAUGGCCACAUUUUCAAGAACUAGGCUAUAAGAAAGGAAGAUAAUGAUCCACACGCACUCUUCAAUGUAGAUGCAAAAUUCUAAACAACAUGUAAGCAAACCAAAUCCAGCAGUGUGCCAGAAGAGGAAAUACAGCGGCCUGUAUCCCAAGAACUCAAGAUUAUGCGUCAGGAAGUCUGUCCCUACAAUCUCACGGGAACAGAUCAAAGGACACCAUUAAGGCGAUCUUGUCAUGGGUGCAGAGAAGACAUUCAACAAAAUUAAAAUUUUAUUCAUGAUAAAAAUUAAGCAGUCUAGGAAUUAACUUGAUGAAGAGCAUUUACCGAAAAAUCCUUUGCAACAUGGGAAAGAGUCUCUUUAAAAUCAGAAAAAGGCAAUGAUGCCUGUAGCCACUACUUCUUUUCAGCAUUGAACUUCAAGGCCUAGUCAGCUCAGUAACUUGACUGUCAACUCCACAAGGACAGAAAUUUUUGUCUGCUUUGUUCACCACUACAUUCCAGGGCUUAGAAUAGAGUGUGACACUUUAGGUUCUCAGGAAAUACUUGUUGAAUGAAUAGGACAAGAAAAAAAAAAAGAGAACCUCUAAGGAUUAAGAAAGGAAAAGACAAAGCUAUCAUUAUCCUCCGGUAACAUUAUUAUCUGUUGAAAUCUUGAACAAUCUAAAACUGAUCAGAGUGUCUAGCAAGGUCGCUGAAUAUGAGGUUACUCACAUCAGUUAAUUGCAUUUUAUUGUAAUAGCAGCAGUCCUGACAACAAACCUACCAAAAUGAUGUGUGCAAGACCUUUAUUAAAUUUUGUCAGCUUUAGUGGAAAAUUACUAAACUUCAUUGCAAGAUAUUAAAGAAGGCUUGCAUACAGUCAUAUAUCAUGUUAAUUAACAAAUAGUGUCAUUUCCUGGAGAUGACAAUGUUCUCCAAAUUGAUCUGUAGAUUCAAUGCAAUUUCAAUAAAAAUACCAAUGAUUUUGUUUUUGUUUGUUUGUUUGGGAACUUCACAUGCUGCUUCUAAAAUUUGUAAAAAAGAGCAAGGGCCACAAAACAGGAUACUUAAGAAGAAGGUGCUGCUGGAGUGGUGUGAGAGGGUGCUGCUGCCAGUGGCAGGACUGAUCAUAAAGCUGUAGUGCCUCGGGCUGUCGGCACAGAGAUUGCUGAGUGGGCCGGUGGAAAGCAUCAAGAGCCUAGAAUCAAAGCCGCUUCUUUAUGGGGACUUGAUGUGUGACUGUCCAGCACUGCCGCUUAGCAGGGAGGGGCAUGAUAGCUCGGCCUUCCGUGGGAGCGUGACCGAUGAUGCAGGAAGUGGGUCUCGGUUCACUCAGUUCACAAGCAAAGCUAUUUCAAGCAGAUGAAAAGACUUAAAUAUAAAGAGCAAGACUUUAAAACUUUGAAGAGAAUGUGGAUUAUGUUUCAGAACUCGGGGUAGGAACUGAUUUAUCAAACAAGAUAUUUAAAGCACCAACCAUAACUGAAAAGUAAAAAAUAAAGGUUUUUUUUCCCUCUAUAAUAAGGUUUCUGUUCAUCAAAAGAGAAAAGGGCAAUCCAUGAACAGGGAGAAGAUAUUUGCAUCACAUUCCUUCAUUUAUAUAUUUAAAAAUAUUUAUGCAGUGUCUGUCAUGUGCUAAGUGCUAUCCUAAGUGCUGGAACAAAAGGUAGAAAUCUCUGCUCUUCUGGAGGUUCAUUCUAGUGAGAAAUAAUCCAGUGUUAGAAAAGGAUAGGUAGGCACCAGGGAGAAGGCAAAGCAGAGAGUAGGGCAGGAGAUGGUGGGCAGGAGGGGCUUUGUCAGUGUGUCCAGAUAAGAUGUCAUUGAGAUGGCGACUUUCCCAGGCCUGGGCCUGGGAGGGAGCCAAGCAAGGAAGGCCUGUCGGGGGACAGCCCUCGUGGAGGCCCCGGGCCUGCGCCGAACCCAUGUGUGAGGAGCAGCCGAGGGCUGAGGACCCCGGGCAGGAGCAUGGGGAAGGCCUUGCCGUCCGAGUUGCUGUUGGCCUUUAUUUUGUGUGAGAUAGGAACUGGAGGGCCCUCUGAGGCGGAGUGGCGUGAGCCAACUCUAAGUCCAGCGGGCUGGUUGAGAACGUCAUGCAGGGCCCGGGUAGAGGCAGCUCGACCAGAGCUGAUUUAGUUGGGUUUUGCCAGAAGCAGACUGUGAAAUGAGAAACGGAAAGGUGACCCCAGGAAUACCAGGGGAGAAAUGAAGCGAGCCCAGGAAGCGAGGCAGCCGAGAAAGUGCUAUCAGGUCAGUCACUGUUCAGGAUCCAGACUGGGGUCCUGAGCCUCAGGUGCUCCGAGGCAGCUGCGCUUUCUCUGGCUGCUGGCUGCCACUGGUUGAAAGCUGCUGAGGACGGGGGACCAGAGAAUGUUUAUUCCCUGUCAUCACGUCCUGGCCUGGAGGUAGAUGCUGACAGCUGGCAGACCCCCGCAUCCCCCAACCACUGCUGCUAGGGUGUCAGUCAGUACAACAUCCCUGGGAAAGCGUGGCGGUCCCUAGAAGGCCGAACACAUGCACCUUCACUCCCAGGUGCACGCGCUGGGGGUGUCUGUGCAAAUGUUCACAGCGACACUGGUCACGGUAGCAGACGAACAUGUCGGUGAUUGUAGUAUUAAUGCAGCCGAGUGCCACAUGACCCUGAAAAUGGCAUCCACAUCGACAGGGAUGCUUUUCAAAACUGCUCACUGUCAGACCAAGAGUUUGCACGAGUCUGAGAAGGCUUCAUACAGCAUUGUCUCAUUACAGUGGUUAAGAACAGACAGGCGUAACACAUUUUAAGAGUUUGUAGUAAGCCUGUAAAGAAAAUCAGUUAUUAGUAAGAAUUCAGGGCAGUUACUACGUCUGCAGAGGAGAGAGGGAGACAGUCAGGAAUGGCUUCAAAACUAAU